CGGAGAAGUAAAAAUGUGAAAGGACUAGUGGUGACCCAGUUUUUCUCGUGUAUACAUACAAGAACUGCAGUGAGAGAGAGAUUCUUCCCACUGUCAAAAUGGUGCCAUUACAGAGGUUGUCUUUUGUCUGGACCUAUAUAUGAACUUUUGGAACCCUCUCAGUAUUAUAAACGCUUGCAUUCAGAGACGUUUCUGGCAUUGAUUAAGUGUAAUGGACUGCAGUGCAUGGAUUGCAAGGAAAUCAAGCAUCAAUGACCCAACCAUAUGACCCAGGUCAUAUCUGGACUGGAAACUGGAAAAGAAGACUAAUGGCUCAGAUUUUCAAGCCACCCAGAAUGGAUACAGGGUUCUGUGGACAAUUUAAUUCAUCCUUCAUGCUGAAGUAGUGCUACCACUUCAUUAUCUUUUACAUCGGCCUGUUUACACAGCCGAGGGUGGAACUGCAAGCCCGUGUUUGCUUGGUGAUACUCUGAUUUCCUGGGAACUAUGUAAUAUUACUAAGUAUUCUGAGUUAAACAUUGAAGAGAUGUCAUCAGUUUCUAAAAGUCACAUUCCCGCUUGGCUCUUUCUCAUACUUGUUGUUACAAGCAAGAUUACUGGGAUCACUGUACCUGAAAAAAUAAGGGGAAGGAGUGUUUUGCCUCAGGCUGAGAUUUUGGAAGACCUUUUUAUUUAUUUUGCACAUGUCAGCAUUUAUGUGUUAGUACGUGGUCAGUGCCUCUGCUAGUUGUUUGUAAGCAGUUUGUUACUUAUUUUACUUCAAAAUAGGUAUAUCUGGGUCUGCUUAACCACAGAAGAACAUCACAGAGGAGACUGUGGGGGCAGUGGCUGAAAAGCAGAAGUGAGAUAGGGUCGAGAAGUGAACGGUGGGUCCACCCCUUUCUGUUUACUUCUGUUCUGUGCUUUCCAUUUCAUCUUUUCCUUUUCAGAAGAGAAACUUGAAUUUGGAAGUCUCCACAUUUCUGUAGUCAUGACAUUAUUUUCCUCCUUAACCCCAGUCUUCUUAGCAAUUAUAUGUGUUUUGAUUGGGGUAAUACUGAAGAAGACUAACAGAGAGAAGGAAAAAGGUGACACUAGAAGCAAGACCAUAUCUCGCCCAUGGGUGGAUGAAGAUCUAAGAGAUGGCACUGAUCACCAUUUAGAGGAAGAAGAGGUUGAUGAAGACUGGCAAGGACUUGAUGAAAAUGUUGCCCAUGUCCCCUUCAUUGCAGAGCGCUACUCUGAGGCUGAAAUGAUUAAAAGGUCACGGUCCUUUUAUGAGCUUCUUGAUAAGAGGCGGUCUGUCAGGUUUCUCAGUGAUGAGCCAGUCCCCAGGGAGGUUAUUGAUAACGUCAUCAGAACAGCAGGUACUUCACCCAGUGGAGCACACACUGAGCCCUGGACCUUUGUGGUAGUGCAAGAUCCAGAUUUAAAACAUAAGAUUCGGGAGAUUGUAGAAGAAGAAGAAGAAAUAAACUACAAAAAAAGGAUGGGAGAGAGAUGGGUCAAUGACCUGAAGAGAUUAAGAACAAACUGGAUCAAAGAAUACUUGGACACUGCCCCCUAUCUGAUCCUGAUUUUCAAGCAGGUGUAUGGGAGGCUUCCAAAUGGCAAAAAGAAGACCCACUACUACAAUGAAAUCAGUGUAUCCAUUGCCUGUGGCAUGCUGCUUGCUGCACUGCAGAAUGCCGGUCUGUACACGGUGACCACCACACCCCUGAACUGUGGCCCGCAGCUGCGGGCACUGCUCCAGCGCCCAGCCAAUGAGAAGUUGCUCUUGCUGCUCCCUGUGGGCUAUCCCAAGAAAGAUGCCACUGUGCCUGCACUGACUCGAAAGCCAUUAGAAGACAUCAUGGUGGUCAUGUGAACCCAGGGCCACAAGGAGAGAGCACAACUUACUGCCUGCUAGGAAGCAGCAGCCCACUGAAGUUGUUGAUGCUUUUCCUGUGUAUUAUACCCAGCUUUAAUGCUCACGUAUUACUGCUGCUCUGGCUGUUUACACUCGUGCACCUUUUAGUGCUAGUAACCACAGUGCCUGCUUCUACUAACAGCAGCAAGUAGUCACGCAUGGUGCAUUUAACAGGUACUAUUACCAAUGAACCUGAGCAGUUGUUCCAGGAGACAAGUACAGUAACAUUCAAAUGACCUUCAUCACUUUAUUUUUCUUAUGCAUUGUAGGGACAGAUCUUUCCUUGAACUAGAACACAUAUUUUCCUUAUACUUUUGUGAUUACCACUGAACAGCUGUUUUUACUUCAUAACUUUAAUGGAGGUUGUAUAUCACAGAAUGAUAGUACCAUUAAGGGUGGAAAAGAUCUCCAAGGUUAUCUAGUCCAAUUGUACACCUACCACCGAUAUUUCCCCACUGAACCAUGUCCCUCAGUACAACACCUAAACAUUUCACAGAAUCACAGAAUGGUCAGGGUUGGAAGGGACCUCAAGGAUCAUGAAUCUU